CACCUUUCUAACCCCAACCACUGUCUCAAUUCAUUCUUCCUUUUCUCUCAUUUUAUCCAAAUUUUUUUUCCCUUUCUCUCAUUUUUCGUUUCGUGUUUCUCUCUCUCUCUCAUUCCCAUUUCGCUGUUCGGUUUGAAAGCACAUAUAAUCGCAUUAAGAUCAGAUCAGAUCGGAUCGGAUGGCGGCAUCGCGGCGGCUCCGGGACCUUCAAUCACAACCGGCGAACAAGAUUUGCGUCGAUUGUUCCCAGAAGAACCCUCAAUGGGCCUCAGUUUCAUACGGAGUCUUCAUGUGCUUAGAGUGCUCCGGCAAGCACCGCGGCCUCGGCGUUCACAUCUCCUUCGUUCGAUCCGUAACCAUGGAUGCAUGGUCCGAAAUCCAGAUCAAGAAGAUGGAAGCUGGUGGCAACGACAAACUCAACGCCUUCCUCGCUCAGUAUGGUAUCACCAAGGAAACUGACAUCGUCACCAAGUACAACACCAACGCAGCCUCCAUCUACCGCGAUCGCAUUCAGGCCAUCGCCGACGGUCAACCCUGGCGGGAUCCCCCUGUCGUCAAGGAGAAUGUUCGCUCGGCCGCCGCCGGAAAGGGGGGAAAGCCGCCGUUGGCUGCUGGAAGCAACGCGAAUAAUAAUGGAGGGUGGGAUAAUUGGGAUAACGAUGAUGGUUUUGGAUCUCGCAGCAACGAUAUCCGGCGCAACCAGUCGACCGGUGAUGUUAGGGGGUUCGGUGGUGGCGGAAGCGCCCCGGCGAGGUCGAAGUCGACGGAGGAUAUAUACACGCGGUCGCAAUUGGAGGCCUCUGCUGCUGGCAAGGAGAGUUUCUUCGCUCAGAAGAUGGCGCAAAAUGAAUCGCGACCCGAGGGGCUUCCGCCGUCGCAGGGUGGCAAGUAUGUUGGGUUCGGAUCUAGCCCUGCCCCUGCUCAGAGGAGUAAUCCUCAAAACGAUUAUCUCUCUGUCGUUUCUCAGGGAAUCGGUAAAUUAUCUUUGGUUGCUGCCUCUGCUGCUCAGUCUGCUGCUAAUGUUGUUCAGGCAGGCACAAAAGAGAUCUCUGCUAAGGUAAAGGAUGGUGGUUAUGAUCACAAGGUCAAUGAAACUGUCAAUGUUGUCACUCAGAAGACAUCAGAGAUUGGACAAAGGACGUGGGGUAUGAUGAAAGGGGUCAUGGCAUUGGCUUCACAGAAGGUUGAGGAGCUCACUAGAGAUGACCCAAAUUGGAAGUCUGGUAACUGGCAACGAAAUGAAAAUGAUAGAGAUGGUUUUUAUCAGGAAUUCAAUCAAGAGAAUAAAGGCUGGAAUUCUUCUACCAGAGGAGGACAACCUUCAUCAGGUGGACAUACCAAUACUUACAACUCAAGCUCUUGGGAUGAUUGGGACCACCAAGAUUCUAGGAAGAAAGAACCAGCUAAAGGAUCAGCUCCUCAGUCAUCAGGGAACUUCGAUACUAGUAACCCAAGUUCUUGGGAUGAUUGGGAUCACAAGGAUGCAAGGAAGGAAGAACCAGCUAAAGGAUCAGCUCCCCAUAACAGUGAUAGUUGGGCUGGCUGGGAUAAUGCUAAAGAUGAUGGAUUUGAUAAUUUCUACGGGAGUGCUUCUGAUAAUAAAGCUGUUGGUCAUAAUGGGAAGUCAGAUGCUGCCUGGACAGGAGGAGGAUUUCUCUAAGGUUUGAUCCUAUCUUUAUUAUCAUGUCAAAAUUUUGUGUAAGUGACAAAAAUAUGGUACCUUUCGGACUAGUGGCAUGCGGGUCAAGCAGGGGUGUCAUUUAACAUGAUGGACGGGACCAGACUCUCAACUAUAAGUUUGCUGGUCCCUGAUAAAAUCAGCCUCCACAAGAGCAGGAAGAAUGAUUUUUUGAGGUUAGUUUAUUGUCAGCAAGUCUUUAUUUUUCAUCGUUCUCCCCUCCUCCCUUUCCUUAUGUAAUUUUUUUUUUUCUCUGUAAUUUUUUGGGAACUUCUGUAUGGUUGGCAAGGAAGUUUUACAUGUACUAGUGUCCAAAGAAAGGGCCAAUUGCCCAAAUUUAAGAUAACUUCUACCUGGAAGUGUGAUGGAACGUUAUUGUGACAUGAAAAUUUCAUAAUUGUCUUUGAAUUUGCAGCUGCUUAA